AUGAAUUCGCCCUGGUCAGUCGUUGGCCCGCUACUUCUCGGCGCAGCUCAGCUGGUCACAGCGUCACCAGCCCGUGAAUCCUCGGUUGCCGCUGAUGUGUCUGCAUCACUGAACUGGGCUGCUUGCAAGCUCGAUCUUCCUGAUGUGGCCCAGCAAUUGCUCAAGGCUGGCGAUUGCGCUACGAUUGAGGUUCCCUUGGACUACACCAAUCCCAACUCAAAGAAGACAGUUGAGCUUCAAUUGCUCCGAUUCAAGGCUACCAAGAAGCCCUUCAAGGGCACUGUUUUCUGGAAUCCUGGAGGGCCUGGAAUCUCCGGCAUUGAAACACUUGCGUAUCUCGGCCAGGACUUCCGCAACAUCAUGGGAGGUCACAACGAUAUUAUCUCAUUUGAUCCUCGAGGUGUUGGCAGAACCAUCCCAUUUGCGUGCAACACCAGCUCAACUUCUGCUGAGCUUGCUCGUCGUAGCCAGAAGGAUCUUCCUCAGGCAGAUCUCUGGGAAUACGUCAAGAACGAAGGGUGGGCGAGGAUGCAGGCUGUCGCUGAAGCCUGUUAUGAAACUCAACAGGAGAACGGUCGUUUCCUCAGCACAGCCUUCACCGCCAGAGACAUGAUCAAGAUUGUCGAUGCCCUCAAGGAGGACGGCAAGCUGAGGUACUGGGGUAUCUCCUACGGUACUAUCCUGGGCCAAGUCGCGGCUACUCUAUUCCCAGAUCGCAUUGACCGACUACUGCUUGACUCUAACUCACUGGCCGAUGCGUACUUCAAGACCACUGGUGCUGGAGGCCCUGCUGAUGCCGAGAAGUCCUUGGUGCAUCUCUUCACUGAAUGCAUCCAGCUUGGCACUAAGACUUGCAAGCUGGCCGAUUACUCCGGAAGCAAGACCACAGUUCAGAACUUGAGAGAUGCAACGGCUACGCUCUUUCAGAAGCUCAAGGACAUGAAGGAUCUUCCGGAGGGUCUGUCGCCUGAGCAGUUCCCCUACGCAGGCAACUCCAUUCUAAAGCAGUUGAAGUACGGCAUCAUGAACUAUCUCUCGAGCCCCUCCACAUACCCUGCCAUCGUGGAGAUCCUCUCCUAUGCGUUUGCCGGAGACUACAAGAAGGCCCUCAGCAUCUACGUAGAGGAAGGAUCUGACUGGAACCUUGGCACCAAUGCGUUCCAGGGGAUUGCUUGCUCCGAGGCCGAGUUCCGUGCACAGAAACCCGAGGAUCUUCGCCCUUUUUAUAACAAGCAUCUUGCCGAGAGUUCAUUCGGAGACGCAAUUGCUGCUGAUUAUGUUGCAUGUGGUGCCUGGAAGUUCAAGGCUGCUGAAGGUUUUGAUACUGACAAAUUCCACAAUGUCAAGACCAAGUUCCCAGCUCUCAUUGUCAACGGUGCCUUUGAUCCCAUUACUUCACUUGGCCAAGCACAGGAGGUUGCUUCUAGAUUUACGAAUGGUCGGUUCUUGGUUCAUGAGGGUGUUGGUCACGGUGUCACGUCGCAUGCUUCAAAUUGCACUCUUGAUGCUAUUGCUGCUUACUUUGUUGAUGGUACCCUUCCUAAGGUGGGCACGAGGUGCAAGCCCAACAUGUUGGCUUUUGAGUAUGCUAAGAAGCUUGCGGGCUAA